CAUUACAAUUUCAGCAGCUGUAACUUGAUUUCACUGAAAAGAGGAGGCAAUACAGCUUUUGUAUGGUACAGUACUUAUAUCAUCCUUUUGAUUUAAAAAAUAUGUGUUAUACAUAAAAAUAAAACAAAUAUGACAUAUAAAGUAAAACAUUUCAAAGUCAAAAAUCCACCUAUAUAUAAACAGACUUGUUCUUGUUCUCGCCUCUAGGUGACGCUGUGGACAACAUGAGUUUUUAUAAACACUUGCACGUGCUGUGAGUAUCUAAAUUUGUUGUUGCAUCCUCCCAAUAAAUUAAAAAGAAACGCCGGUUUUGGGGGAGAAAAUUUAUAAUUCGACGGAAACGCAUUCUACAAAAUUAAUAAAGAAACAGCAAAAAGCUUGAAUGAACCCAAAGAACGCAUGAACGCAAAAUGAACAGCCUCUGGAUGGGCAACCUGGAGCCCUACAUGGAUGAAGAGUUUAUCCUCAGAGCUUUUGCUCAAAUGGGAGAAACAGUGCUGAAAGUCAGACUGAUCCGAGACAAAAUAACAGGGCAAAAUGCAGGCUAUGGCUUCGUGGAGCUGAUGGAUGAAACCUCAGUAGAGAGAUGUCUCCGGAAAGUGAACGGAAAACCUUUGCCUUUCGCCGCUCCUCCCAAGAGGUUCAAGUUGAGUCGUGCCACUUACAGCAAACAAGGUGAAAGCUGCUCGACUUUCUCCCUCUUCGUCUCGGACCUCACCCCAGACGUGGACGACGGCAUGUUGUACGAGUUCUUUCAUUAUCAUUUUCCCUCCUGCUGCAGUGGGAAGAUCGUUCUGGACAGCGGGGGAUACUCCAAGUGCUGUGGCUUCGUGAGCUUCGAGAGCGAGAGGGAGCAGAAGCGGGCUCUGGCUGAACUCCAGGGUGUUUCGGGACUCGGGAGGAAACCUUUACGCCUCAGUCUGGCUACGAAGAAGCUGAAUAAGAAAGAGUCGCCCGAGCACCAAAAUUGCCAGUUCCAUGCAGAAAGCUACAACAGCCAUAUCUUGUAUCUGAACCAGUAUUAUUACCCACAGUCUACAUAUGACUGGAGCUAUGAUUACAGCUACACUGAUCCUUCACAGAGCAUCGCACAGGUUGAAGAGAUGGUUGAAGAUGAUGGCCUAGAGUAUCCAGACUGUGAGAUAAAUGUGAUGGAGGUCAAUGAGAGGUUUAUGGAGCGCAGUGAGGAGCUGUACAGUGCUCUGAUGGGGUGUUUCUUCCAGCCCCCCGAGUCCUGGGACGGGGUCACCUGUAGCGGGACAUGUUUCCUCCCAGAGCCAGUUUAUCAGUAUGAGGAGAUGGACUGAGAACAUGUGCUCUCCUCUGAUCAUAUACUAUUUGUUUAUAUCACAAAGAACCCAGUGUUAAGUAACUGAGGGUGAACUAAAAAUAGUAACAUUAGUUUUUUUUUUUCUU